AUUUUGUGAAAAUGUCUAACAUUGCUGCAAAGAAAGUCUUCAUCCAGAUCGAGUCGGCGGCCGAACAGCAGGAAAAUCUAAAGAAUCAACGGAAAACCCUGAAAGUGUUGCAGGGGGUAGCCACCGAUAAGGAAAACUUAACUGGACGUCCACAAAUAGACAAGCUGAGUCGCCUUAAAGCAGCCACCGAGACCACAUUGUCUGCCAGCACAGACUAUGCGAAACGUAAGAAGGUCGAGACACGAGUUGCUGAGACUCAAACGAGUCCCAAUAAAUCAUCCAACAACAAAGACGAAACGACGUCGUCGAAGAAAAUCACCGCCGAAGACCUAAUUGGUGAGGCCAAACCGGGUGAACAUUAUUGGGAACGUUUGGCUGAGAAACGUCGCGAAGCCUUGGAACAGAGCCUUGAAGAAAAUCAACGUCUCUAUGAACGUAUUGAAGGUUUGGAAGAGGAAUUGAACACUUCGCGCCAACAAUUGGAAGAAGCCAAACAUUUGGUGUCUGUUCUUACGGAGAUGCUGAAUGAACCCGAAGGUGACGAAGAAGGUGAGGAAAUUGAAGAAAAAGAUCAAACAGAAUCGAAUGAGGAUAAUUCUUCGGAUGAUUCAAAUGAUGCGACACCGACCAAAGGAGGGAAUAACAACUAA